AUGGGCGGCAGCAAGCGGGGCAAGCGCCCGAGCCGCAGCGACAACAGCAGCAAGAGCAGCAACACGGUGCUGACGCCGGUGGAGCAGCAGCAGGAGCAGCAGCAGCAGCAGCAGCAGGCCCACCAGGGCGCACACAAGGCGGCCUCCGCGCGCGACGCCCAGCAGGCGCGGCAGCGGGCGGCCGCCGCCAACGGCGCGGCCUCCAGCAGCUCCAGCGCCGCCGCCGGCACCGCCGCUGCCCCCGACGCCGGCAGGCUGCUGCCCAUCGCGUUUGCCGACGGCCAGGUGACGGUGGGCGACGGGCUGGUGCUGCUGGACCGCAUCACGCCGCUGGCGCGCGUGCAGCACCCGGCCUCCACAGACAUGGUGCUGCUCAGCCUGGCGGCCAGCCAGGGGGCCACCGCCAUCGAGGACUUCUCGCUGGGAGUGCUGCACUGCAAGCAGUGGCUGUGCUGCGCGCGCAACAAGCUGUGGUGGAUGACGCCUGAGUGGGGCAAGAAUGCGCGCGACCUGCCGCCAGAGACGCAGUUUCUGCUGGCUGAGCUGGAGGACGGCACCUACGCCGCCAUCCUGCCGCUCAUCAGCCAGCAGAAGUUCCGCGGCACGCUGCGCCCGCCCAGGUGA